AAAAGUGAUUUAUUUAUCGACACUACUUUGAACGUUCGAAGUUGUAGCUGUAUCACAGUGCCACUGUAACCGAGCUUACAUCUCUCGGUGAAAAAAUCGAUCCUGCAUACAAUCUGGACCCCAGAGAUAAAAACGAACAAUACUGUUUUAAUUCCUAUGAUUCACGUUUAAUACCAUUUAGUUGGGACACAGAACGUCAUUUAAAAAAGAGCACUUCAGAAGUGCGGCCGUUGCGAAGGGUCAUAAAGGGAACUAAAAAAAUAAUAGGGAAAAUAGCAGUUUAUUACUCUGCAAUAUAAAAAAGGAGCCAAUUAGAACAAAAGCCUACAUUAACAGUUAGUUUACUUUUAUAGAAAAAUGACCUAGUAGUACUGACCAAACUUUAUAGAGGCGGAAAAUAGGACAGAUAUUCAAAGAAGAUGAAAAUGCUCCAGGGGUGUUUUCUUGCGAUGUUUAUUUUGUUAAAGCUGCUCGGCACCGGUCACGGUUUUCGUGACGUGACUCGCGAGGACCGAGGCAGGGGCACAGAGGUGGUGGAGGCCGUGGUGGACCUCAUCCAGAGCUCGUGCAUCUUCCCGAACGACAACAUGCUGCUUAGACGGAUCGCCUGGGUAGAGACAAAAGACGGUACAAGGAACGACUCUUUCACUCCGCGACACGGUCACCCGCACCUGGGCGGCAUAUGGCAGGUUACCAAGUCUGCAUUCAAAGACACUAAAAGCGAUCCCAAUCUGGCUUCCUUGCGAUCUGCCGUGGAAGAACAUUUUCUCGUGAAUUGGACAUCUCUCAGUUGGAGAGAUUUGGGAACACCCCUGUAUUCGGGUCUAGCUGCCCGCCUGAGGCUGGCACAACAUUCCCGUGAUCUUCCUCGCGACCUGGAGGGCCAAGCCAUGUACUGGAAUACACAUUAUCGAGCGGGAGCUCGUUCCAGGAAAAAGCAUUUUAUCAGAGCAGUGCAAGAGCUUCUGAACAAUACCAGGUGUCAACUCCCUAGAGCCGACGUUGUAUUUGUAUUGGACUCCUCCGGCAGCGUUGGUUUCAGUAACUUUCGCCUCGUUCUCCAGUUUUUAACCAGCGUGAUCGAAGGGUUAGAUAUAGGCGAGGAUAAAUUCCGUGUCGGAGUCAUCCAAUAUGCGCGCUUCUCACAGACCGAAAUCCGCCUUGGCGAACACAACACGAAGGCCAGUCUUCUCGAUCACAUCAGAGAAAUACGCUACCUCGGCGGGCCAACAAGGACAGAUUACGGUUUAGUCGGUUUGGAGCAACUUCACAAAACACAAAGCACGUUAAGGGAAAAGAACGGUGAGACAAUUAAGUCUCCUAAGAUUGGAGUCGUUAUAACGGAUGGCAAGUCCACCGAGCCCCAGUGGACUCUUAGAGCUGCCCGCAUCCUUCACGAUUCCGACAUCACCAUGCUUGCUAUUGGGAUAUCUAACGCCACAGAACAAAAAGAACUGGAGGCCAUAGGGAGCUGUCCCUCGUGCCUUCAUGUUUUUAACUUGGACGAUUUUGGCGAAGUCACUUCUCUUAGAGAUGAGAUUGAAAUGAGAACGUGUAAAGCCAGCUUAGGUGUGACAGCUAAUAUCAGUGGUAAGCUGGAGUAUGGCCAGGUUCAGUACCUGAGGUUCAACGUCCCCACGGAUAACCUCACCCUAGUGGUAACUAUGACGAGCGGCAGUGCCUCCCUGUACAGUUCUUGGGCAGCCCGCUACCCGAGUCCUUCCAUCUACGACUACCAACUUCACUGUGACACUCAGUUGCCUCAUUUCAAAAUGCACGUGCCAUACCCCGCCAACGCCUCAACUCCCAACGUACCCCUCUAUUCGGCAAUCUACGGCACCAGUCUCAACUCGACAUCCGACAACUGCUUCCAGCUGACAGCUCACCCAGGAAAGGCUUUAACUGUUGAACUGAAUGAUAGCGAUGUUGAGGAAAUUUUAGUUAUAUUUAAGGAGGAUGGUCACGACAGCGAGGUCACUCGGCUUUUAAUGAUACUAGGUGUUCAGGCGGGGGUAUAUUUGAUACUUGCUGCCAGUUGUUAUGUGUGUAUGGUCAAAGGGUCAGACCUCUGUAAAUGAAGAAAUACCGAAAACGAUGAUCCCAAUAUUUGGAGAAACU